AUGUUGCAUUCUGAAUCAUCAUCAGCACAGUCUUCAGUGAAUACAACAACAAUUCUUUCAAAUACAAGUAAUUCUUCACCGUGUGCUGACAGUACGUCAUCACUGCCUGCCACCAAUCACGCAGCAGAAGACAUGACACAACAACAUCAGAGCCGGCUCACACAAACGGAAACAAUGACCAACAACAACAACAGUAACGGUCAGCAACAUCCUACAGCGACUAUCCAUACACAUGACAUCAAUGUUCUGGAAGAUAAAAAGAAAGAAUCCAAACAAGAGACCUCAUCAUCGACAACCACUAGUUCUGAACUUGGUACUUCUCUCAGCCAGGACAUGAUGUCAUCAAGGGUUGAAACCAACCAUGAAGAGUCCACACUCCUUCCAUCAUCCUCUGAAUCAACCACACCGAGAGAGAGUAUCAUUCAAAUGUCUUCUGAGGAAUCACAACAACAACAACAACAAAAGGAAGGCUCUUCUUCGUCCUCUCAAUCCGAUAUUGAUGAUGACGAUGAAGAUGUUAUGGAGCCCAAUAACGGGAAUGAUGAUGAGGAUGCCGAAGAAGACAUGAGCAACAACGCCUCACACAAGUACUUCAACAUUCGUCUGCCUCACAAGAACGAUAUUCAUCUUCUCUCGACACUUCGUUCCAAAGUUUCCUGCUCUCCCAUCUAUCUCACGCAGUACACGGCUUUAGAGAGUAGUGCCAUGAUGAUGAAACGAAGACAUCAACGUUCCGUGAGUACCAUGAGAGGAGCUGUUGGAUCUCAUAAUCAUCCAACAAGCAAUGGAGGAGGAAUACAACUCUCUCAAAGUGUUUCUCUCGAUUCAUUGGCUUCAUCUCAAACAAGUUCAAUUGCCUCUUCAUCAUUGGGAGUUUCAUCAUCCAUUCCAUCAUCAUCAUCGACCCACCUUCUCAAUUCCACUACUAAAACAACAACUCCCAAUUCGGGUAUCUUUUUGAACGAUAUGAAUGGAACACUUUUUCAAGAGGAAUCUGCACUCAAACUCUUCCUUUCUAAUGCUUACAAUAAGAAACAUUCCUCGAGUGCUGCCAUUUCAGCCUCUGCAUUGUUUACCUCAUCGACUACGGAAGAAGAUACAGUGAACAUUUUGUUGCAGGCACCACAGCCAUCACCCUCCACAACCACAACAACCGCAGCUGCUACCACUCGUAUGACUGCCAACGAUGCCACAGGAGGUUCAACCACUCAUCCGAGCAAACACAUAGGUUCCGAUUCGAUGAACGGUGGUGUGUCUUUAUUCACCACGAAUACCACCACAGGAAACAUGAAUCAAUCCGGAGCGAAUUCUCCAAGUUCUGUGAGUGUUGAGAAUUUAAAUAAUUGCAAAAUUUACUACUUUUACACGCCUUAUGAGAAGGCUUUCAUGACAUCAACGGUUCCUCCUUCUUCUUCUGCCAAUGCCAAUAUCAAGAACAACAACGAACCGAAAAUGGCACAACCAUCCGUUGGAUCCUCAUCGUCGACGUCGGCACCCAUAACAACAAUAGAAAAAACGACAACCUUAGUGGAACAACAACAAGAACACAAGGAACUCUCUUCGGGUCAUCACCAUCAUACCAUUGCAGCUUCAAUCUCAGAAACUCCUCACUCAGAGAGUGGCAGUAGUGGUGCAACUCAAGCCUUAAUUGAAAUUGGAGAUCAAAUCCAACAACAGGCUCAUCAUCAUCUAAAUAUUAAGGAGCCAACCGCCAUGCUUUCUUCAAAUCUUAGUGAGUCUACGAAUCAUACGACCUCAAUGGUUAAUCCCGUUAUUAUUAAUAAUAACGGAAAUAUCAAUCCUGUAAAUACAGUGCCAGCAUCAUCAUCAUGCGAUAAGGCAUCUACUACUCAUUCAGAACAAGUGAAUCAUCCACCUCAUCUUAUUAAUGUAGAGCCACCUCCUCCUCCUUCUUCUUCUCAAAAUACCAAUGAUUCAACACUCUCUCAAUCCAGGCUAUUAUUGGAAAAUCAUACACAAUUAAGCCUUAAUUUGAAACCUUCCUCCUCAGCCACCCAAAACCAAGCAACGAAUCCAUCUGCUCAAUACUCGACAACAAACCCUCAUCGGAGAGUACAGAGUGAUACGGCUGCCUUUCAAUGCAUGCAACUUGGCUCAACGACCACCACCACCACAACCACCGGCUCGAAUGGUAGUAAUGACUCUCAAGACAAUAUGUCCAUGAAAACGCCUCCAUCUCGAGGAAAACAAACAAUCCAUGACCUUUCUGAACAAAACUCCUUCGCAUUCUCUGGCGCUAAUAAUGGUAACAUUUUGGACCAAUCGGAAGGUGAUAUUCGUUUCAUGCUCGGAAAUGAAGACAUGACACCAGGAGGAUCCUCCGCAGUAACCUCACCCUCAUCAACAGAUUCACAACUAGGAAUGUCACUUCCAGUCAAUGGAUCCAACUUUGACAUGUCACGAGCUCAUAUGAAACGCAGUGGCAGCGUUCGAGGUUUAAACAAGACUGUUUUCUCACCUCUCGAUAAAAAGAAAUCUCACAGAAGAGUGCAAAGUUUCAAUGUGGCUCCAAUUACACCAUCGCUAGGAUUUAGUUCCGAGACAGAGAUUCGAGCUGUCACAAUCGAAUUGGUCUUGUUAGACAUUGAUGCAUGCUUUACUAAAUUUGAACCACUGAAAAUUAUUUCAGAUUUGUGGACAAAGGAUUUGGAUUAUUUCAAGUUUGGAGUGAAAAUUUUCAACAGAAUGUAUGUGUGGCUCGAAGAUUCGCUCGUUCAUCAGUUCACUGUCGAGAAGAGUGAUUUAGUGGAUUGUCCAACGAUUGAAUUUGUAUUACCGGAACAACCAGUGGCCAAAAUCAUUGAUGCCACCUGCGCAAUUAUCAACGAGUUUAACACAAAAUAUACCUACUCGUACUACAAUUGCCAUUCAUUCUCAUUUGCCAGAAAAGUUACUGAAAAAUUAUCAGGAAAAAAGAUUAAGAGUAAGAAUGUGCUUCCCAAAACCUUGGUUCAUCACUUUAGAGAGUGGAGAGAGGCCGAAAAGAAACGAAAAGAAAAAGAAGAAAAAGAAGCUAAGGAAGAAAAGGAGCACGCAAAAUCAUCCUCGGACAAGAGCCCUGUCACCAAUGCAGCAAGCACUACUGCCGAGUCAUCAGACGCGACACCCCUCAAAAAGAUCAAGUGA